AUGGACCGAGUGCCCUCGGCACUGGCCGCUAAGAUGCGCUGGAUCACGCUGGUGCUCGCCGGCUUGACUUUCUGGGGCAAAGUGACUAUUUGUAACUGUUUCGACUACGAGGAGCCAGACUAUGAUUAUUAUGAAGAGGAGAGAGCGGAGACCAUUGACUACAAAGACCCCUGCAAAGCUGCUGUUUUCUGGGGCGACAUCGCUUUAGACGAAGAAGACCUGCGCAUGUUCCAGAUUGACAGGACGAUAGACCUGACGCAGCACACACACAUGCACACACAUUCCCGACAGGGGCACACAUCUGGUGGCCUGGAGGAACACGAAGUCGCAAAAAAGAGAGGAUCGCUAUAUCUACUGCUGGAAAGAAUACGUAGAUUUGGUUUCGAUUAUCUCCCUAAGAACUUCAGUAAGGGAGCUGACAUUCCCAAGCCGAGCCAAACUGGUAAAGGUGGGAAGACUGGGAACGUAGCAAAGAUCCGUAUUCCCCGAGCGGCCACAUCCCGAGCUGAGAGGAUAUGGCCUGGAGGAGUCAUUCCCUACGUCAUAGGAGGAAACUUCACUGGUAGUCAGAGGGCCAUGUUUAAGCAGGCAAUGCGUCACUGGGAGAAACAGACAUGCGUAACUUUCAUUGAGAAGACAGACGAGGAAAGCUACAUUGUGUUCACCUACCGACCCUGCGGGUGUUGUUCCUAUGUGGGUCGUCGUGGCAACGGUCCCCAGGCUAUCUCCAUAGGCAAGAACUGUGACAAGUUUGGCAUCGUGGUGCAUGAACUGGGCCACGUCAUUGGCUUCUGGCAUGAACACACGCGGCCUGAUCGUGAUGAUCAUGUGACCAUCAUCCGGGAUAACAUCCAACCAGGCCAGGAGUAUAACUUUCUGAAGAUGGAGCCAGGGGAGGUCAACUCUCUUGGGGAGCCAUAUGAUUUUGAUAGCAUCAUGCACUAUGCCAGGAACACCUUCUCACGGGGGAUGUUCCUUGACACCAUCCUUCCAUCCAGAGAUGAAAACGGGGUCCGGCCUGCUAUUGGCCAGCGGACCAGACUCAGUAAAGGAGACAUUGCACAGGCAAGGAAGCUGUAUAGAUGUCCAGCAUGUGGAGAGACACUCCAAGAGUCAACGGGCAACUUCUCGUCUCCUGGUUACCCCAACGGAUACCCUUCAUACACACAUUGUGUCUGGAGAAUAUCUGUUACACCUGGAGAAAAGAUUGUUCUCAACUUCACCACCAUGGAUCUAUAUAAAAGCAGUCUGUGUUGGUAUGACUACAUUGAGGUUCGGGAUGGAUACUGGAGGAAAGCUCCACUGCUUGGCAGGUUUUGUGGAGAUAAAGUUCCUGAUGUCUUGAUCUCUACUGACAGCAGAAUGUGGAUUGAGUUUCGUAGCAGCAGCAACUGGGUGGGAAAAGGGUUUGCUGCCAUUUAUGAAGCGAUCUGUGGAGGGGAGAUCACGAAGGACUCUGGGCAGAUUCAGUCUCCCAACUAUCCCGAUGACUACAGACCCUCCAAAGAGUGUGUGUGGAGGAUCACUGUAUCUGAGGGAUACAACGUCGGGCUCAGCUUCCAGGCCUUUGAGAUUGAGAGACAUGACAGCUGUGCGUAUGACUACCUGGAAGUUCGAGAUGGCCCUCUGGAGACAAGCCCCCUGAUUGGCCGAUUCUGUGGCUACGACAAACCCGAGGAUGUGCGCUCUACCUCACACACACUCUGGAUGAAGUUUGUCUCCGACGGGACUGUUAACAAGGCCGGCUUUGCUGCUAACUUUUUCAAAGAGGAGGAUGAGUGUGCCAAGCCAGACAAUGGUGGAUGUGAACAGAGGUGUGUAAACACUCUCGGCAGCUUCAAGUGUGCCUGUGAUCCAGGCUAUGAACUAGCCCCUGACAAGAAGAGCUGUGAAGCGGCCUGUGGCGGUCUUCUCUCAAAGCUCAACGGGACCAUCAGCACUCCUGGCUGGCCUAAAGAGUAUCCACCCAACAAGAACUGUGUGUGGCAGGUAGUCGCUCCCACUCAGUACCGCAUCUCAAUGCAGUUUGAGGCUUUCGAGCUGGAGGGCAACGAGGUGUGUAAAUACGACUAUGUGGAGGUGCGCAGCGGCCUGUCACCCGACUCUAAGCUGCAUGGUAAAUACUGCGGCACAGAGGUCCCUGAAGUCAUCACCUCUCAAUACAACAAUAUGAGGAUUGAGUUCAAGUCUGACAAUACGGUCUCCAAGAAAGGCUUCAAGGCUCACUUCUUCUCAGACAAAGAUGAGUGCAGCAAGGACAACGGCGGCUGCCAGCACGAGUGCAUCAACACAGUGGGCUCGUACGUUUGUCAGUGUCGCCAUGGCUUUGUACUGCAUGAGAACAAACAUGACUGUAAGGAAGCUGAGUGUGAGCAUAAGAUCCACAGCCCCAGCGGGACCCUGAGCAGCCCUAACUGGCCGGACAAGUAUCCCAGCCGUAAGGAGUGCACCUGGGACAUCACAGCCACGCCGGGACACCGAGUCAAGAUAACCUUCAAUGAGUUUGAGAUCGAGCAGCAUCAGGAAUGUGCGUAUGACCAUCUCGAGGCCUUUGACGGAGACAGCGACACUGCAACUAUCUUGGGUCGACUGUGCGGCAGUAAAAUCCCAGAGGCCCUCGUCUCCACCAGCAACAAGAUGUACCUCCGCUUCAUCUCUGAUGCCUCAGUACAAAGGAAGGGCUUCCAGGCUACACACACCACAGAGUGUGGAGGUCGUCUGAAGGCAGAGGCCCGCCAGAAAAACCUCUACUCCCACUCACAGUUUGGGGACAAUAACUACCCGGGUCACACUGACUGUGAGUGGCUGCUGACAGCCGAACAGGGCUACGGCAUCGAGCUGAGCUUCAUCACGUUUGAGGUGGAGGAGGAGGCUGACUGUGGUUAUGAUUACAUUGAGCUGUACAACGGGUACGAUGCCAACUCACAUAGACUCGGUCGCUUCUGUGGUUCAGGGCCCAGGGAGGAGAUUUACUCGCCUGGAGAUGCUAUGCUGAUCCGUUUCCAUAGCGACGACACUAUCAGCAAGAAGGGCUUCCACAUCCGCUACACAAGCACCAAGUUCCAGGAGAGCCUUCACACCAGGAAAUGACCUCACACGCAGCCCAUGACCUCUGACCUCUGUGCAGCCCCGCCACUGUUACCCUGACCUUCACCAUGGCAACGAGAAAAAGUACAGCCUGUCCCCCCUCUUCACGGACCCACACAGACAAAUGUGGACGUUGUGGAUGUUUGCCAGCCACCAGAGGAAGACGACUCUCAUAUGAACAUUUGUCUCCCUACUGUGGCUCUGGCGGUCAUCGCGCUCUGAGAUGAAACAGGAAAAACAAUAAGAUAUCAGUUUGAGUUUCAACAAA